CGAGGUAAGGGACCUGGAAACCACGAAGUGACUGCUCAUCCAAUCCAUAAAGUUAUAUUAACAGACUGGAGCUGUUUGCAGACAAAGUUCCAAAGACAGCAGAAAACUUUUGUGCUCUGAGCACUGGGGAGAAAGGCUUUGGUUAUAAAGGUUCCUGCUUUCACAGAAUAAUUCCAGGAUUUAUGUGCCAGGGUGGUGACUUCACACGCCAUAAUGGCACUGGUGGCAAGUCCAUCUAUGAGGAGAAAUUUGAUGAUGAGAAUUUCCUCCUGAAGCGUACGGGUCCUGGCAUCUUUUCCAUGGUAAAUGCUGGCCCCAACACAAACGGUUCCCAGUUUUUCAUCUGCACUGCCAAGACUGAGUGGUUGGAUGGCAGGCGUGUGGUCUUUGGCAAGGUGAAAGAGGGCAUGAAUAUUGCGGAAGCCGUGGAGCGCUUUGGGUCCAGGAAUGGCAAGACCAGCAAGAAGACCACCAUUGCUGACUGUGGAAAAAUCUAA